UCAUAUAAUUUGGUGAAUAGAAUAUUCAAAUUGAUCAAACAAAGAGAUUUUUUUUAGUUUUCCAUAUAAAAACAACAUCGAAGUGCAUUUUACUAAGAUAAAUAGUGUAGAAUUGUGAUUUUCGUUUAAAAUUUCCGUCGUUUUAUUUUUCAACGCUUAUCUAUUCCGUUUCAAAACACAAUGGCUGAUCAAUCUCCUCCUACAUGGAACGAAUUGUACGAUCGAGUACCAUAUCGGUUCAUAAAAUUCCACUACAUAUCUGAUUUUGAAUUGAAUGUACGCGCAUUAAAUCCCCGAUGUGUGAAUAUAACAAAUUUUAAUCAGCAUUUGGAUGAAUUUAUGUUAAAUUCAACAAAAAACCAUCAAAAUGCUUUCACAAUGAAGUAUUUGAUUGAAGAUUUGAAUAACAUGAUAUCAUCAUCACCCGAGAAGUUUUAUCAGAAAAUGAAUGCUUUGUUUGAUGUUGAACGGAAUAUGUAUAAACAGGGCACUCUCACACUAACACAAAUCGAUACGGAUAUUCUUUGGCUGCUCUUACAAAGCAAAUCUAAUAAAACGGCUGUUGAACGAUAUAAAGUCUAUUAUGAUUCGUAUAAUUCGUGUAAUAUGCCAGAAUUGGGUAAUUGCAUCCAAGUGCUCAGUAUGGAAAUCGUUGCUUCAAUCAACAAUGUCGUUAAAUUGAUGAAUAUUAUAUUACAAAAGAUUCAGGCGCAUCGCGAUCACUUGAAUCAAUCGAAACGGGAACAAGUUUGGUCAGGUGAGACUAGAAAACGCUUUGCCGAAAUUCAAGUGUGGUUUGACGAAGUAGCUACAAUUAUUGAUGAUACGCUUGAAACGAUACAAACAAUGCGAAUUUAUGAUAAAUUGUGCUGCGUUAAUGAAAACAAACUAGUCAUUGAUACAUUUAAAAGGUUAAUCAAAUUGACCUUAGUUUUGGAGAUGGAACCAACAGAAAUUGUGAAGACAGAGACUUUCACGACGUGCAUCAUACGAUUGCUUUGUAGCAAUUCGACCUUGCAAAAUGCGAAAUUCAAUAUCAAUAUCAAGGAUUUGAACGUUUCGAUUUUAUCAGAAGAAGGAAUUGAUGUCGGCAAAGUAUCGUUGCGAAACUUCAAACCCGAAAGGACUGGUCAUGAUUUUUAUUAUCAUUUAAAAACCCUAAAAGUGGACAAAGUGAGGCGAUCGAGAUCCGAGCAUGGUUUUAUUGAGAACAAAUACACUUUAAUAUUUGAUCUUAAAAUUGAAGUUGAUAAAAAAGAAAUCAAUGCAUCGGUGAUGUCUUGGCCAGUUUUGGUCAUAGUGCAUCACACUCAAGAGGCGUUGGCUAGAGCGGCUUUGAUGUGGGACAAACAUUUGACUGGUGUUGACCGAUCUUCAGAAGCAUCAGUACCAUGGUCGGAAAUGCGUAAUGUUUUAAGAAUAUAUUUCAAGAAUGUAACCGGAUUUGAAUUAAAAGAUCGACAAUUGGACGCAUUAU